AUGACUCGACGAGAAAGUGAACUGGAAUCUUUUCAUGUUGAUACAAAUAAACAUAUGUUACAUGUAGAACCAGUUAAUAUUCAUACAAGUUUAUCAUCUUUAUCCACGACAGAUAUUUCUCUUGAUAGUAUAUUACGAAAAUGUGGCGAUUUUGGUCGAUUUCAAAUAAUACAUUAUUUUUUCUUAAUUAUCAUGACAAUGUGUGCUUCAAUUGUUUCUUUUUAUUAUGUUUUUGGUGCUGCUAAACCUGAUCAUCGAUGUCGUUUACCAAUAAAUGUAUGGCCAGAUGAUACACAAUAUAGUCCAAUAAAUAAAACACAUGAAAUUUAUAUUAAUAAUUAUAUUCCAAAAACUAAUGAUGAAAAAAAAUGGGAAAAAUGUGUACGUUAUAUGACAAGUAAUAUGAAUGAUACACUUAUCAAUUGUCCAAAUGGUUGGGUAUAUGAUCGAUCAGUUUUUGGAUAUACAUUUACUGAGGAAGCUAAUUUUGUUUGUCAAAAUGAAUCAAAAAGAAGUUGGAUAGCUACUACUGUACAAUGUAGUAGUUUUUUAUUACUUAUCAUUGGUUCAUUGGCUGAUAAAUAUGGUCGAAAAAAAAUGAUUGUUAUUGUCACUAUAAUUCUAUUUUUUACAAGUCUCAUUACUCAAAUAAUAAUGCAAUGCAUACCAAUGACAAUAAAAGCUAAAUUCAUUGUUUUAUUACUCAAUCAAUUUGCAUCCGGUCUUGCACUUUCUACUUAUAGUUUAAUAUUUAUUUUAGCACUUGAAUUAACAUCAGUAGCGCAUACAGGUUUAGCUGGAAAUUUAAUAUUUAUUUCAUCUACAAUUGGUGAAGCUACUGUUGCUCUAUUUGCAUUUAUAACACAUGAUUGGCAAAAAUUAAAAUGGGCUAAUACAGCUUUUAUUAGUUUAGGAAUACCUUAUCUUUAUUUUAUGCCUGAAUCGCCAUUGUAUAUCUAUGCUAAAGGACAAUAUGUUUCACUUGAAUACAGUUUAAGACGUAUAGCAACUCAAAAUGGACGAAAAGAAACCGAUUGGUAUUCAUGUUAUCAAGAAUUCUUACGUAGUCAACCGAUAAAAUUUACACAUGAAAAAGAAUUAACAUCUAAAAAAUCUCAUCAAUUACUUAUCAAUCGAACAACUAUAGUUAAAUUAUUUUUAACAGCUAUUAUAGGUUUUACAACGUUUAUGGUUUACAUUAAGAUAAGUUUUGGUCUAGCUAUGAUGGAUACUUCACCAUAUUUAGGAAUAUUAAUUGGUGCUAUUGUUGAAGCAAUUAGUUAUAUAACAAGUUCUUUACUUAUUUCUAGUAGACUUGGUCGUAAAGGUUCAUUUAUUUUGAUGAUGAGUCUUACAAUUAUUUGUAUUACUUUUAUUCCAAUUAUUGUAAAAUAUAGUUCGAUUGCAAGGCUUGGUCUCGCUCAACUUGGAAAAUAUACAAUAUCUAGUACAACUGCAAUAGCAUGGAUAUUUGUACCAGAACUUUUUCCAACUUCAAUUCGAAGUACGGCUAAUGGAGUUUUUAUUGUAUCUAGUCGUAUUGGUGCUAUAGUAGCACCAAUAAUUUAUACGACUAUAAAUAAAAAUUAUUUACCAUAUACAUUUUAUGCAACAGCAUUUUUAGCAUUUAUUGUUCUUUUGUUUUCACUAAUGUUACCCGAAACAAAAGAUAAACCAAUGGAUGAUGUAACAGAUUAUACUACAAGUUUAACUGAUAUUUAA